AUGUAUCGAGGUCUCGGCGGGUUCGCGCCGUCAACGGCGGCCGUCGCGGAGUCGUUUUCCGCCGCGUUCCAGUGCGCGUCAGAUUCACCGGAUCUGGACACGGAGGGUGGGCCCGUGCGAAUCGAAGGAGCGAGGGUUCUGGGUCCGCUGGACGACUAUAUCGAACCUGACAAUAACGAGCACGCGGAGCUGGAACCUCGGGAUGGCCACGAACCGCAGCAGCUGUCGCAGGACGAAGUUCCACGUCAGCAGACGCGUAAGGGUGCUGUCGGCAGCCGUUUUUUCGGGCAGCAGAAAAGUUCAGUGGCGGAUAGUAGCGCAGUGGGAAAAGGGAGGACUCCAACUCACGAUUUCCGUGCGGGACCAAGCGUUGGGCAAGACGCCAGUAUGCCGUCAGAUCGUGUGCGAUCUGUAAAUGGGAUGCUUACUAACGGGAGUGCUAGUAACGGGAAAGCAGGCAACGGCGCUCGCAGUAACAGCACAGAGCCUGUGGCGAUUCCCAGACGAACCCUCAAGAUCAAGCCGCUUCAUCAGCUGACGAAACCGGUCCUGCAGCCCGACCGUGCUGCCGCUGGUGGUGCUGGUGGUGCUGGUGGUGGUGCGGGUGCUGGUGAGGAGGGGAAUGAAGGCGAUGAAAAAAUAAAGGGACCAGGAGGCUCGUCCGCGUUAGUGUCGCCUCCGCUUCCGUCCAUUGACUCGUUCGCGCACACUCGCCGCCUGCAGAGCCUGUCGAGCUUCAAGCCACGGUCUCGCCUGCUUGGGCGGCAGUCGCAAGGGGAGGAGGUAGGGGAGAAGGGAGGCGUUACUGCCACUGCUGCUGGUGCUCCUGGUACUGCUGGUGUUGCUGCCACUGGUGGUGCUGGUAACCCGUCAAGUAACAGCAGCACUGUGUCGUUCUCUAGCCGAGCGUCCCAGCUGCAGCAGCGGCAGCAGCCGCUUGUAAUGAGGCCCUUCCGUGUUCCCAGGCGGCUGAACGCGAACGCAGCGGAGUUAAGCACUCGUGAGGAUACGUCGUGUACGACUGCUGCUACUGGAGCGUCCAGUAACGGGGAUGGCGUGCGGGGAGGGCCCCUGGGCGGCAGGGUAGCGGGUGAAGGGGAAGGUGUAGCUAGGGACGGGUUUCGCAGGCUGCAGAGAGGUGGGCGGGGAGGCUUGGCCGGUAGUGCGACCGCCGCCGCCCCUGGGGUGGGUCUGAUGGGGAGUGAUCAGGUGGAGGAUGAGAUAGAGGGGUUUAGUGUUGGGGAAAGAGAGGGGGGAAGAGAUGGAGAGGGUUUUGGGCGUGGGGGGAUGCUGGCAGAGUCGUCUCGUGGAGGAGGGAUGGAGGUGGGAAGAGAGGGUGAUGGGGGAAUGCAGGGGAAGAGGAAGAGGCGGAAGAUCGUUCUAGUGGGUAGUGAUGGCAGUGAUGGGGAUUAUGAAGAGGAUGUGGAGGAGGAAGAGGAGUGGGGAGAGGGGAAGCGGAUCUCGCCAUUGAAACGAGGGGAUGAUGAUGCAGGAAGGGGCGCUGCUGCAGCAGCCACUUUCAAUGCGAGGAGGUUCUUUGGAAUCAGGCAGCCCGGGGACGGCCCCACCCAAGGGGGUCCGCAGGUGGGCCUCGGCAGCAGCGCGGCCGUGCAGAGGGUGGAGAGGGAGGAGCUGCGCGCGCGCCUGCUGGCGCUGCACGCCCCCAGCAAGGGCUGGCGCUCUGCUAGAGACCUGGGGGCGGUUGAGGAGCAGGGGAAGGGGACGGGAAAGGGGAAGGGGGUGGGGAAGGGGAAGGAGAAGGGGAAGGGAAAGGGGAAGGGGAAGAAGGGAGGGAAGAAAUCGGGGAAGGAUCGGUGGGAGGAGGAGCAUGAGGAGGAGGAUGAGGAGGAGGAUUGGAUUGUUGAGGAUGAUAUAGACGAGGAGAUAGAGGAGGAGAUCGAGGAGUUGGAGGGUUUAGAGUUGGAAGAGGAGGAGGAGGAUGAGGAUGAUGAAGAGGUGUUUGGUAGGAGGGGAAGGAGGGUCACGAAAGGGAAGCAGAAGAAGGAUGAGUGGGUGAGGAGGUCGGGGCGGGCUAGAAGGCCGGCUAGGUAUGCCCAGAGCGAGGAGUGGGAGGGGGAGGAGGAGUGGGGAGAAGGGGGGGAGGAUGUUGGGGGUGGAGGAGGAGGAGGAGGAGGAGGAGGAGGAGGAGGAGGAGGAGGAGGAGGAGGAGGAGGAGGAGGAGGAGGAGGAGGAGGCGGAGGAGGCGGAGGAGGAAGAGGGGGCGGAGGUGGAGGAGGAGGGGGGGAAGGGGAAGAGGAGGAGGUGGUGGUGACGAGGAGGAGUGUGCGAGCAGCAGGCAGGGCGGCUGUGCGAGGGAGGAGGUCACUGGAGGAAUGGGAGGAGGAGGAGGAGGCGGAGGAGGAUGAAGAUGAGGAGGAGGAAGAGGAGGAGGGAGGGGAGGGGGGGAGGGAGUAUAGAGAGAAAAAGGAGCAGGAGAGUGAUCCUGUGCUGGAAGCUCUGAGGAAAUCCGAGCAGAUCGCUGCAGCACUGAAGCAGAAGCUGCUGCUGUCUGCUGGGCGAAAGCAGGGGGAAAAAGGGGAGAUGGGGGGGUUGGGGGAGAAGGGGAAGCGGGGGUUGGAGGGGGGGUAUGCGGAGACGGAUGAGUCGGCUGCAAGGCUGAUCUCACAGGAUGAUGUGUCGGCGGCGUGUGGGGAGAGCGUGCAGCUGAAGGGGUACCAGCUGGUGGGAGUCAACUUCCUGCUGCUGCUGUACCGACAGAAGGUUGGAGGAGCAAUUCUUGCGGACGAAAUGGGCCUCGGCAAGACUGUGCAGGCGGUGGUGCUGUUGGGGCUUCUCGGUCACUUGGACAACAACCCCGGACCCCAUUUAGUGGUGGCCCCUGCCUCGCUCCUCGACAACUGGCAGCGCGAGCUGCAGCUCUGGUGCCCGCAGCUGCGGGUGGUGCUGUAUCACGGGGGGCAGAGGGGGGCGCUGCGGGAGCUCUACGGUGGGAAGGGAAAGAAGGGGAAGAAAGGGAAGAAGGAGAAGCGGAGGGAGAGGCGGAGGAAGGGAGAAGGAGGGGGAGGUGAGGGUAGUGGAGGGGAGGGGGAGGAGGAAGAGGAGGAGGAGGAAGGGGAAGGGGGGAAGCUGGGAUUUGAUGUGUUGCUGACGUGCUACUCGCUGUUUGAGAGGGACAGUGCCGCCCAGAGAGACGACCGGAAGUUUCUGCGCAGGUUCCGGUUCUCGUGUGUUCUGAUGGACGAGGCUCACCUGUUGAAGGACAGGAGCAGCCAGCGUGCGAUGAAGCUGCGACAGCUGGCACAGGCGGCAGAUUACCGGCUCAUGCUUACUGGGACUCCCCUGCAGAACGAUCUUCAGGAGCUCUGGUCGCUGCUCGAGUUCCUGAUGCCAGCCGUAUUCACCGCCCACCAGUGUGACAUUGCAGAAUACCUGGGCAAGAGGGAUCAGCCGUCCCAGAAGGGGGGAGGGGGAGGGCCAGCGGAUGAGGGGCUGAUAGGGCGCAUGAAGGCCAUUCUGGGGCCGUUUGUUCUAAGGAGAGUCAAGGCGGACGUUAUGAAGCAGCUGGUGGCGAAAGUCCAGAAGGUAAGAAUGGGGAGGGGGGAAGGAGGGUAUGGAUGGGUGUGUAGGAGUGUGUAUGGAUGGAGGAGGCAGCAACGUGUUGAGAGGGAGGGCGGCCAGCGGAUGAGGGGCUGA